AUGUUUAUGAAUCAAAUUCCUUCUUUAAAAGAAUUGAUUUAUACUCCAUUAGAAAAUAUAAAAAUUUCUGAUGUUCCUAAAGUUAUAUUUUCUUAUCUACCUGGAGCAAAGAAUUGUUUAAAGGAUCUCAGGGUAUUCAAGUGUAAUUCAAAUAUUUGCUCAGAGUUUUUUUAUCAACUAUCACGAAUUUGUCACAAUAUACAAUUCUUGGAUAUAGAACUUGAAAGUGAGAUUACUAAUGGAUUAAUAGUAUUUUUAUCUGCUCAGCAAAAUUUGAAAUAUUUGAAAUUAAAAAAUAAUUUAGUAGAUUUGGAUUGGACAGCUAUCAUACCUUCAUUAAUAAAACACACUUAUACUUUAACUAAAUUCAAUUUAUGUGGAGAGGGUUAUUUACCUAUGUCAUUUAUGGCCUCAUUCAACAAUUUAAAAGAACUUGUUAUUAGAUGUUCUUCAGAUGGUGGUAAAGUAGAUUCAAUUGGAGAUUUUAAAGAAUUACAAUAUGUUACCUUUCCACAAUUAAAGAUCUUAAAAUUUUGUUAUGGACAUCCACAUAAAGUAUUUUUAAUAAACUUUUUAGAAAAUAAUGGAAAAAAUCUUGAAGAAUUUAGUGUAAUAGAAGAGGAUAAUUUUUUGAAAUUUAUUAUUGCAAAAUUUUGUCCAAAUCUUAAAAAACUCUUUAUUAUAUUCGAAAAGGAUGAUUUAAAAGGCUUGAAGUUAAUCUUUAAAAGUUGUAAACAAUUAGAAAGCAUGAAAUUUUGGUGUAGUGAUAAAGAACAUUUUUUGGAUAAAAAUGAAAUGUUAGAAGUUAUUAUAAAAUAUUCACCAAAGAAUUUUUAUGAAUUAAAAUUUUAUGGUAUCAAAUAUUUAAAUUUACUUUCAAAAGAUUUAGAAUUAUUUUUUAUUGGUUGGAAAAAUCGAGUAUCACAAAAUUUACUUUCUAUUAUCAUUCUUUUAAAUGUUAUUAGAAAACUAAGUAUUGAAAAAUUUGAUAAUGAAGAAUAA